CACCAAAAAUAAAGAAAUAAAUUAAUUAAAAGGUAAGAAAGACUUGUACAGCUCUGGAGGGAAAAAAAAAAAAUUGUAUAGGUAGAGAAUCACUUGAUACUAAACCGGAUCGAGCCCGGGAUCUUCUUGAAAAUGGGAAGAUCUAGGAUAGAGUGCAAGCCUCGUAAUCGGAGUUCACUGGGCGAAAAGACCAGGUGUCGAUAUUGUCUCUGAUUCCCUCUCUUCGUGUCCAUUUGGGUACCACAGAAACGGCACGCUGCACACACUGUCGCGUUUUAAGGAAGAAGAAAAUAAGAGAAUAUCCAUUCCACGUAAGCUUUCCUACGUGGUUUGACUGGACUUUUCCGAUUGAAAAUUUCGCUGAAGUCCGUCCUUCCGUCCCUCCCAACUCCUUUCCACCUUGACCCAACAGUCCUCAAAAUCACCAUGAUUACCGUGCAGAGAAGCGUAUCGGGGUCGUCUCAGAGCCCUAGAUCUCCGUCCUCGCAGCCGUUCCUGUCAGUAUCAGUGACUGAUCCUGUGAAAUUGGGCAAUGGCGUCCAGGCUUAUAUAUCAUACCGAGUCAUCACUAAGACAAAUUUCCCUGAAUACCAAGGGCCAGAGAAAAUUGUUAUCCGUCGUUAUAGUGAUUUUGUUUGGUUACGUGACCGUCUUUUUGAGAAGUACAAAGGAAUUUUCAUUCCUCCUCUUCCAGAAAAGAGUGCUGUAGAAAAAUUCCGUUUUAGUGCGGAAUUCAUAGAGAUGAGGCGUCAGGCAUUGGAUAUAUUUGUUAAUCGAAUUGCUUCACAUCAAGAACUUCAGCAAAGUGAGGAUCUCAGAACCUUCCUGCAGGCAGAUGAGGAGAUGAUGGAGAGAUUAAGGUCUCAUGAGACUGGUAUCUUUAAGAAGAAGCCAGCUGAUUUGAUGCAAAUCUUCAAGGAUGUACAAUCUAGAGUGAGUGAUGUUGUUCUUGGGAAAGAGAAGCCUGUUGAAGAGUCAAAUCCUGAGUAUGAGAAGCUGAAAAACUAUGUCUUUGAGCUUGAAAACCAUUUAGCUGAAGCCCAGAAGCAUGCAUAUCGUCUUGUAAAGAGGCAUAGAGAGCUGGGUCAAUCUCUGUCAGAUUUUGGGAAGGCAGCAAAACUCCUUGGUGCUUGUGAAGGCAAUGCUUUAGGGAAGGCAUUUUCUGAGCUUGGGGCAAAAUCUGAAACAUUAUCGAUUAAGCUGCAAAAGGAGGCACACCAACUCCUAAUGAGCUUUGAAGAACCGUUGAAAGAUUAUGUCCGUGCUGUGCAAUCAAUUAAGGCCACAAUAGCUGAGAGAGCCAAUGCCUUCAGGCAACAGUGUGAACUUGCUGAAACAAUUAAAUUGAAGGAGAUAAAUCUCGACAAACUUAUGCUUACACGAUCUGAUAAGGUGGGAGAAGCUGAGAUUGAAUACAAGGAGUUGAAGGCAGCAAGCGAGGAGGCAACAAAUAGAUUUGAGACAAUUGUGCGCCUAAUGAAUGAAGAGAUUGUUCGCUUUCAAGAACAGAAGACAGUAGACAUGGGAAUUGCUUUCCACGAAUUUGCGAAAGGACAGGCCCGUCUGGCAAAUGGUAUUGCAGAUGCAUGGCGAAGUCUCCUCCCUAAGCUUGAAGUUUGUUCUUCCUAAUAGUCGAUGAACCCCCAAAGCCAGAUCAAAUAUUCUCACCUGGACUCUUUUUUUUUUUUUUUUUUUUUUAAAUGUUAUUAUAUGUACAAAUUCAAAGCUUGUUUCUCGCGGAUUUUAUAUUUAUUUAUUUAUCUGAAUAUACUUAGAGAUGUUAGAUAUUUAAUCGUUGUGACAUUCACUCGCUCACAUUUGAUGCCUCGCAACGAGUUCUAAUAAUAGAAAGAAUAUGGGCAUAAUCGAGUUGAUGUGAA